GGCCGUUCUCCCCCUCCCUCGUGCUGCCUGUGCUAUGCAGAGUGAGUGCUCUGUCCUCACCUCGCCUCCUCCGCCCCCCUCCGUGGAUGUGUGUGCACGCCGGAGCCGGCCCUCCCUGCAACAUGACGAGGGCCAUCCCCAGUGCUAAGAGGGGAAGCUUGUUAUUGCUGAUGAGCACAGCCUGGUUCUGGCAGGCGGCACCAGGACCUGCUGCUACAGCCUCAUCCUUUGUUACAUUGUAACAGCCCAGCACCAUGCUGAAUGUGGCCCCUGUGGACAGGCAGUACCCACCGGCUGCUGUAAGUAAUGCAUGGCCACCUACCGGCUUCCAUUCAUCCGGGGGGUCCUGCUAUGGUCUGGGGGGCCCUGCUAGGGUCAGCUGUCAGGGGGGGUCCUGCUAUGGUCUGGGGGGCCCUGCUAGGGUCAGCUGUCAGGGGAUCCAGCUAUGGUCAGGUGUCAGGGGGUCUACUAUGGUCAGGUGUCAGGGGUCCUGCUAUGGUCUGGGGGGUCCUGCUAUGGUCAGCUGUCAGGGGGGUACUGCACUUAUGGUCUGGGGGUCCUGCUAUGGUCAGGGGUGCUGCUAUAGCCAGGUGUCAGGGGUCCUGCUAUGGUCUGGGGGUCCUGCUAUGGUCUGGGGGUCCUGCUAUUGUCAGGUGUCAGGGGGGUGCUGCUAUAGCCAGGUGUCGGGGGGUGCUGCUAUAGCCAGGUGUCAGGGGGUGCUGCUAUAGCCAGGUGUCAGGGGGUGCUGCUAUAGCCAUAGCCAGGUGUCAGGAGGUGCUGCUAUAGCCAGGUGUCUGGGGGUGCUGCUAUGGUCAGCUGUCUGGGGGUGUGCUGCUAUGGUCAGCUGUCUGGGGGUGCUGCUAUGGUCAGCUGUCUGGGUGCUGCUAUGGUCAGCUGUCUGGGUCUAUGGUCAGCUGUCUGGGGGGGUCCUGCUAUGGUCAGCUGUCUGGGGGGGUCCUGCUAUGGUCAGCUGUCUGGGGGGGUCCUGCUAUGGUCAGCUGUCUGGGGAGCCAGUGAUACAACGUUACCUAGGAAUACUGGGGCAACGUUCUAAAUGGCAGCAAUCACCAUGGAAACUGCUCCUGUUGGCUGAUUCUUAAUCAGCAGUUUGCUCCCCCCCCCCCCAAAAAAAAAAUCCUCCUUAAUACCUGAGCCCCGAGUGUGAGCUCCAACCAGCUGCAAUGGGUCAUUCUGUAUGGGAUCAUUAUUUGGGAUCAUUGUCUGACUUGAUAGUCUGUGGGUAUCAUUGCUGUGUAUACAUUGUAUUCUCUGUGUGUAGAUCUGCUGCCAAGAUGUUACACUGUAUCUGGUAAACUCCAUAAUCCGUAGCUGGUUACACAGUAGCCCAGGGGUCAACAUUGCUGAUAUGUAGUUAUUGGUGCUGACUAGCUGAUAUUGACCAAUCGCUGUGAUAGCCCUUUUUGCUUGUUAAAAAAUACAAAUAAUUAUGAAAAUGUAUUAGUGACCAUCUUAAUGUUAAUAGUUGCUGGACACAGGGCACAGUGCCUGUCUAAUAAUAACAAUAAGGAGAAUUCUAACCCUCUGGCUAUAGUUUCACUUUUUCUUAUCACCCAUGUUGAUGUGGUUAAAGGUGGAUGACCACCUGCUAACUAACUAAAACUCCCAUUAUCCUUGGAUAGACUUAAGGGUGGCCAAGCAUGAUGGGAGCUGUUGUUGUUUUGCUACAGCUGAUGAGCUAUCCCUUGGCCAACCCCUAAUUUGCUGGGUUUGUUAUUUGGAUGGAUUUUGAACAGAAACCAAACCUCUCUCUGAGCGUCACAAAACACCCAGACACUUCCUGCACCUCCCCUCCAGCCCAUGCAACGCCCACCUCACAUGGCUAUUUUAAUGGAUGACGUAUUGGAGAGCUAAAUUUGGAUCUCCAAGCCUGGCCUCUGGGAGGUAGUGGUGGGGGAAAGGGGUGGUGGUUAGUGGUUUUGUAACAGCUUCUCUUAGGGUGGGGCAAUACCGUUAAAAUCUUAUUGUCCCUCAGUACCUUCCCCUGAAACUGCAAAACAACAUCCAAAAGACAGAGAGCCUAACAGCUGAUGUGCUCUAUAACUUGCUAGGUGUGUGCAUUUUAUUCUCAUAUUUAGCAUUAUUCUAGCCCUGCCUUCUCUCUGAAGGGCUGGAUGGAUAGAUGCUGCUUAUGAAAGCUACCAUUGAUUACUGGUUAGCAAGCACAUAGGCAGUAAAGGUUGGGCAAAGGAUGGCCAAUAAUUAGCUUAGGAUUUGGCAACUUGUUUAUUAGUAGUAGUUUAAUGACCAUAUUUUUCACUAAGUAGUGAUGGAGGUUAAAAUUAAAAAUUAAUGUUAGCAUUGCAGGUUUUUAUUCCUUUAAUCUUAUUCUGUUUUUUUUUUUUUUUUAAAUCUUGGUACAUUGGAACAACAGGGUCUCUGGAGUUCUUUCUCUUUUAUUUCUAAAAGAGCGGAGGUCUAGUCACCAAACUGAGAAUGGACUUAUUCCCAGCUUAGUGUUUCACUAUGUGAGUCAUAGAGCUGACAUUCAAAAAGAAGCUCUCUAACACUCAUAGCCAUGAAAGCUGACUGUAGUAGUUAUAGCCCAAAGAUUCUGAGGUACACUGGACCUCCCAUGAGAGCCAAGGUUUUGUCAGUUAAAAAACUAUGGUAGAGUUUGCGCUAACGGGCUCUUUAAGAACCGUAAACAAUACAGUGCAUUGCUGUGGUUAUGGUGCGUAUUGUUUAUGAAGAAUUUAUCGAAUUUCGUGGUAUAAUUGAAGUUUAAAAUAGUAUUGCUAGGGUUAAAGAGACCUGUGGCUGGGCUGCUGUUUUGCUUAGUGAAAUAAUGUAACCAGCUAUAAUUAACUCUCAAUUCAUUGAAUUGGUAUUGUGUGGAACAUGGAUUUAAAUUUUCUGUGAGUAACUUUAGAAGCCAUUUUCUCUUCUGUCUUCCAUUUAUUAACCCCUCUGAAUGCCAUUGGGCCAAGCUUAACCUAGCUAAUGAACAGUAGUGUAUGUCACCUCAGAGCUAAUAUGGGGACAAACUCUACAGGUUGAAUUAGUAAUACUGUUCGAAUCUUUCAGUUUGUACAAAGAUCUCAAAUCUCUCUUUGAAUAUUCACUUCGAGUUCCAAAGAAAUCCCAAGAUCUUCACAAGAAGUCUUGAGAGAGCUGAUAGGUCAUUAAUAUAUGGUGACCAGGUGGCUCAUUGAGUUAGGAAUCCUUUUGUGUCUACUUGUUUACAAAAAAAAUCCAACAACAACAAACUGUCGAGUUGCCAAUAUUAGGGAGAAAAACAAGGCAGACAUCAUCGGUGCAUGGCAGUGCUAUAUUGUGCAAUGCAGCCUGUAAAUAUAGAAUACAAUAGUCUAUUUCUGCAUUGCAGCAGCAAAAAAAAAAAAAAGAGCAGUUUGAGUGUUUCUGUGAAAUGCAAACCAUAUGUUCCAUAAUGUACUUUUGGGUGGUAUUUUGUUGUAAUAAUUGCAAAUAAAUCACUAUCUGCAAGUAGCUUUCCCGUUUCACUGCACAAAUACAUCUGUAUGCGUGCUCUUAGACACGCCAUUGUGAGGCAGGUCAUCUGAGGACAUGUUUCCUGAUUCACAAACAUUACAGGUCUGGGGCGGCGGGGAGCUCCCUACCUCGCGUCUGGAUAUUUAAGGGGGUCUAAUUACUAAACUGAAUAAACGGAAUUGCAGAAGAUACAAAACACGGGAGCCCCCCUCCCUAAAAUAAAUGCAAUAUUGCUUGUGAUGCAAAUACAAUUUUAAAUGGAGAGUCAGAUAUUAAAAUAUACAUAUGGUGUAUGAAAAUAUAUAUAUAUUUUUUUUUUACACAUUUGGUUACUGCAUAUAUUACAGUAAUCCUUAAAUUAUUGUUUUGUUGAGCCUUAUAAUCAUCACCCUUUUUUUAAAUUUAUUUAUUUAUUUAUUUUAGAGCAGUCACAAUUAUUAGUUUUUAAAUAAAAUUCAUGACUCCAUUAUUGACUGUGCUGAUAAUGUCACACCAGCCCUGGGGAUAUUUUAAGAUAUGACUGUGUAACUAGCAAUUUUCAUGUUUGAUUUCUCAUAUUUAAAUCUAUAUUCUGCUUUGGUGGAAUUGCUUUAUGUUGGCCCCUGUUUUUGUUCAUUUUGCAAAUUGUACAAAGAAAAGUCAGUCAGCAUCGUUGAUGCUUAUAAAAUGGUAAUAAAUGCUUGUAAUUGUACUACAAAGUCCAAUAUAAACACAGGAAUUUAUUAACGCAUGCUAAUUUUAUACUACCACUUAUGGUCAAAAAGUGCUAAUCAGCGACUAGAUUACCUCUUUCAGACUUGAUAAUAUUGUGCACGCUGUAACCUCUUAAAAUGUCAUUUGGACUAAUGACAUAAAUACUGAUAUUAAAUGUUACGCUAUGGAGUUCAGCCUGAGCACCCAAGUUGCACAAAGUCCACCGCAUAGAGAGAAAGAGAAAUCAUUUUUUUUUUACUUGUAUAUUAGCAGUUCAUAUUUGGAAAUGUGUUCUUGACUUGUUACCAUAUUGCCUAACAAACGUUCUUCCUUGUGUGCAGGUUGACUUCGUGGACAUGUGUGAGUCCAUACUGGAACGGAAGAGACAUGACAGUGAAAGGUCGACAUGUAGUACCUUGGAGCAGAAUGAUUUUGAAGCUGUGGAAGCACUGGUGUGCAUGAGUGCAUGGGGUCAAAGGUCCCACAAAGGAGAUGUCUUGAAAAUGAGACCCCUUACUCCUGCUUCCGAUUCCUCCGACUUUACCAUGACGUGUGACUCUUCUAUAGGUGGUUCUAGAGAAUUCCACUCUCUUGCAACACUGGUAAGAGUGAAAUUAAAACAUUACUUGCAAAGCUAGAAUUUUUUAUUUUUUAUUAUUUUUUAUCCAGAAGCCAAUAGAUUCUCAAACCAUUGGAGUGGCUAUUGUACCAGGAGUCCCCUGGCUCCGUCCCAGUGUAAUUUGUCAAACUGUGUUAGAAUGUUUUUACAACUUACCUGGUGCAUCUGGUGUUCUCCGAAAGUCACUUUGCAGCUAAUCCUGGUUCUGUCCUCCACUGAUGCAUUCAGUUAGUGCUUGUGGCCCCACAUGGCCCUGCCUAACUCCAGGCAGUGGGACUAACCAAAUUCUCCUACAAGGAGCCACUUGGUGGGACACAGGUAAGUUGUCAAACCACUUUAAAACUGUUUGACAAAUUACAGGCACUCCUGACACCACAAAGCUACAUUUAAUUUUUUUUUUCCACUCGAGGAUGAACUGUUUCAGUGCAGUUAUAGUAUCUUGUUUAUGUCCCUAAGACCUCCCAGUAGAGCAUUGCCCUCAGAAUCAUGCUUCAGUUGUGACAAUCGUUUUCAAGCAAAUUGCUUCCCAGAGAUUCCCUUGAUGAUUUUGCAGAACCGUCAAUAGCCUUGAGAUUUAAGUGACAUCUUUUUAAAGUAACCCAGUAACCGGUUUCUUACUGCAUAUGUUUAUAUAGAUAAGUUGUAAGGGAUUUCUUAUGCAAACAUUCACAUUAACACUGUUUGUUUUGUGCAAUUUAACAACUGUUAGAACGUUGGUAGAAUUUAGUGGAAAUUGUUUUUUCAGUAGUAAGUGUGAUAAUAUUACUAGAGUCACUAUGUAAACCAAUGCCAUUAUGUAACCAGCUAUUAUUGUUUAUUAUUUAUAAAGCGCCAGCAAAUUUUGUUGCACUUUACUAUCAAAGUUGAAUUAACUGGUUUGUGUCUCAAUGUGAAUGAAAUGAUCACUCAGGGCACCAUAAUAUUUUUAUCGUAAUGACGUUAUCAGGGUGCGAGAAGGUGAUUGGGCACCCGUUUAACCCCUUAAGGACUAAAUUUCUGGAAUAAAAGGGGAUCAUGACAUGUCACACAUGGCAUGCGUCCUUAAGGGGUUAAGUAAGCCAGGGUCUCCUCUAACCUUAAUAAGUUGAUGAGGUUGUUGUGGUGCCCAUAGCAUCCUUUUUUUAAAAAAAUUUUUAUUUUUAAAUUGUAAUUGGCUUAUUAACCCCUUAAGGACACAUGACGUGUGUGACAUGUCAUGAUUCCCUUUUAUUCCAGAAGUUUGGUCCUUAAGGGGUUAAAAGUGAAUUAAACUUUCAAACUGAGCAGUUGACUUCAUAAUUAUAGUAUUGCGUCCUUUCUUCCUUCCUUCCAUUUUUUUUUUUUUUUUAAUUCUUCUAACAUGUAGCCUUGCUUUGCUUUUUUUCAGUGCAUGACUCCACCACACAGCCCUGAUUUUGGAGAACCCACUACAACACUCCCACCCGUUUCCCAAGUAACGUAUUCCAAGCCCGUGACGGUCAUGUCAAGCAGUUUGGGCUGUUGCGUCACUUCUUCAGAUGUGCCCAUGCCAUUUGUUCCAGUUGUCUACAGACCACCUCCUCAGGGCCGGGAUAUGUUUCUAAGCUCUCAGCCCUGCAGAUCAAUGGCCACAAGUGUGAUACGCCACACGGCUGAUCGCUCCUCUUUCCAAAACAUUCCAGAGACUCCUGCCAGGACAGUUGCACCCUUACAUAAAAACCCCUGUGUUGAACAAUCUGAAAACAAAUAUUCUGAACUUUCCAGGGAAAUACAUGUUCCAGACAGCCUGAACAGAAGAUCCCCACCAUUGCACCUUCCUCAGCCAAACAAAUCGUGUCUUAACAUAAAUAUGGACAUCCAGCAAGUGGUGAAUACACAGACUAUCUUGUCAAUGAAAUGUGAAAGUGAUCGUUCACAUGAGACUAACCAGUUGGUUUCAGUUCCUGUUUCACAUGCCCCAGUUCUCUGCCAGAUGAUUCCAGUUAGUGGACAAGCGGGUGUUCUCUCUGCUUUUAUCAAGCCCACAGCUCAGCAGGUUCCUAAUCCUGUCAAGCCAAUCCUACCCCAAGCAACACAGAUUCCUCAAUCCGUCCUUAUGGGAACACCAGUUUCACAGGGAACUGUUAUGUUUGUACUUCCUCAAGCAGCUGUCACAAACCCACCUCAGCAGUGUACACAGACUCUUGUGACUGUAGGGAACACAAAAUUGCUGCCUCUUGCACCAGCCCCUGUGUUUAUUGCUGCUGGGCAAAGCAGCCCUCCACAAAUGGACUUCUCAAGAAGGCGUAAUUACGUGUGCAACUUUGCAGGCUGCAGGAAAACCUACUUCAAAAGCUCGCACCUUAAAGCACAUCUUCGCACACACACCGGUAAGCCAUAAAGGUGGCUGUUAAGUAGAGGAUUAUUAAUUUAUUUGUAUUUAUUAAUGGCAAUGUUCUCAUUCUGUUGGCGAGCAUCCUAAAUAAAUAUGCAUUCUAACGGCUGGUAAACUAUUAUGUCAAUUUUAGAGGGAGACAUUAUUCGUCUGCUUGUGCAAAACAUUUUGUAUCCCGUGCGCACACUAUAUGGUGACACCCAAUUCAUGUCUCUCAUCACCAGUCUAUAAUAGACUUGGGCAUUCGUUUUAGGGCGAACAAAUUUUUGUCAGAAUUCCAGCUAUUCAUCAGUUUGUCCAAAAAACGAACGAAUACAAAAUGAAACAAAGACAGAAUUGCUUGUUGGUCGAAAUUUCAUCCUGCACUUCUUUUGUUUUCUAAUCUGAUCCCAUAUUACUACAAGGGAGGUUAAAUCCUCCUUCCUGCCCCUACCUGCCAUGCAUGUUUACUAAAAGUGUUAUAAAAAUUGACUAGGGACUGGGCAGCUAUUGUUGUCCAAUCACACAUUUAAAAAAGGAAGACCUGACACAGGUCCACCAUGGUGGGGUACAUACUAAAAUAAUUAACUAGGGGGUACAUAGUGUGCGCUAUCCGGGUGCUAAUAAAAUAAAUAGGGGACCAAGAGUCCCACUCCAUCCCCCACCUAUCGGCAGCAGAUUGGGUCUCUAAAAAUAACGAGGGUGACAGUGUCCCCCAGCCCCUCCCUAUUGUGUUGGGUGGGGGCCCUAAAUAAGAAGGACCUCUUGUUAAUUCCCCCAGCCCUUCAUUCAUUGGAAUCAGCCCUAUAUAAUACGAGGGGUGGACCCAUCAGUCCCACUAAUUGGCGGUGGUUGGGAACCCUAAGCAAUAAAAUGGGGUUGAGCUAUUGCCCCUCCUCCCAGCCCUCACCCAUUGGUGUCAGAUGGGGCCCUAAAUAAUAUUUAUUGCUCCCCUCUCCCAUAAAAAAAAUACCUGCAAUUAAAAUUAAUACUUACCAUUAGAUGUGCUAUUAAUUUAUUUUUUUUAUUUUUUAUUCCAUUUUCUUUUCUUCAAAAUUCCCAAGGAAAACAUAAUCCAUCUUCACACUGCGAGGGGUGGGUAAAGCGCUACAAAGCUUUUCUGCACCAUGCAAUUUGUAUCAGUGUAUCUGCUUCAGUUUAAGCUUCUUAGUAGAUGGCUUCCUCACAUGGGGCUAUCUACUAAUCAGCUUAUUGGAACCCUUAAAUAUGCAAUUCCACAAAUGUACUCAGUUAUCUGCUAAACGGCUGCAAGAUGCAGUUGUGGCACAGAUCGGAAUUUCAUUUGGCCGAAUUAAACUCUGUAACGAGAAAAACUAAAGACCGAACUGGCUAAAUGUGUUUGGGUAAAGUGUAAAUUUCGGUGCUGGCAAAGUCCAGUCCUGAAUUGCAACUGUGAGUGCAUUUAGUGAUUUUAGACAAGCACGGUGUAGUGCCCCGUUUUACAAAACUAUGAAAGGGCUGUCAAUACACUGAUAACAGUAUCAACAUAUUCAAUAGUUCCUCACAUCUGAUUUGAUCAUUAAAACGACUGACAGUGGCUAAACCUCAUAUCAAAUAAAGAGUGCUGUCUAAGGAUCUGAGAUAAAGUCAGACACGUAGCUUAAUGAAAAAUCCUUCUUUGUUGCUUGCUUUUGCAAAUGAUAGUGUUCGAAUUUACAAAGCAACAAAUGGAUUUAAUAUCAAACAACAAUUGAGAUUUUUUAGUAAAAGAGUCAUUGUUGAAAGUUGACAACUAAAUUGCAAUUUUUGGCCAAAAUAACAAUUGUGGGUGGGGGGAACCCCUCUUAGCUUGGCUAUUUUGACUUAAGACUUGCAAUUCCUCUUGUCAGUUCUCCUGAAUUCAUGCAUAGUGGAUAUCCCAAGUAGGUAACACAUCUGUCCCAUAAGUUGGUGCAAGAACACAUGUAAUGGGUAAAACUUCUAUCUGCAUUCCUGUUUUUGUAUUGUUUUUUCACUUUUCUCUCUCUUUUAAAGGUGAGAAACCUUUCAGCUGUAACUGGGAAGGUUGCGAUAAAAAGUUUGCACGGUCAGAUGAACUUUCGCGGCAUAGAAGAACACACACAGGGGAGAAGAAAUUUGCCUGCCCCGUGUGUGACCGCAGAUUCAUGCGUAGCGAUCACUUAACCAAGCAUGCUCGGAGGCACAUGAGCACAAAGAAAGUUCCCGCCUGGCAAACAGAAGUUGGAAAAUUGAACAGAAUUGCUACCCCAGACAUAUCCAGAAACGCAGGCCCUUCCUUAAGCAUGCUGGUUUCCUUGCCUGCCUCGGUUUAAUAAGUGUGUGAAUUUAAUGGAGCAAGUGAAGAUUGACCUUUUGAUACACACUGUCAUGCAUCAUGGACUGCAGAUGGAAAAAUACACCCUGCAUUUUAUCAUACAAUAUCAAGGGCCAUUUGUUUAGAACGCUGUAGAACAUGAGGAUGGGGGAGGGGAUGAGAUGCAAUUGUAAAAAUAAUUGUUUUUAUAGUCCUCCUGGAAAGAAAACAAGCCAUGUAUUUUUGGCAUUCACUAAGGCACUAUAAAAGUUCAGUGUGCUUUAAUAAAAAUAUGCUGUUCAUACAUUAUGGCCCUUGUGUGGAGGUAAACAACAUAGAAUAUAAUUUGUGACAUCAAUUGUUAAGGUUUUAUUCACAUUGUUAUAAUCCUGUCCCAAUUUACUGAGAACACACAGCAUUAGAGGACUUUGAAUUUUUUUUUAUUUUUGGGUAAUUGUACGAUGCAAUUCUGCCUUCACAUAAAUCAGUCAGUGUUUACAUAAUACUCCAAUAAAACAAUCCCUUAUUUUCCCUUUUAUUUUUAACUUAAAUGUUAAACUUCACCUUAUAUUCACCUCCUGUUUGGUAAGCAGUGAAGGGGAAAAAAAUGAAAAUGUUUAUCAGAGAUGAAUUGAUACAACUUGUUUGUUUGUCUAUUGCACUAUUCAUAAUAUGUAAUUUUUUUUUUCCUUUUCCUUUUUUGUGUAUUAAAUUGUAUACUUUUUUUUUUAAAAUGUGUUUCGUUGGGAAUUUUAUUAAGCUGCCGUUAAUUGGAAAUCUGCACAUCAUUUAGCUUGGGGAUUGAUUCUUGAUAUAAAUUUUUUUUUUUUUUAUACGUGGACUCAAGACAUGAUUUAAUUGGAUAAAACAUGUUGCCUUUUGAAAGUAACACACAAUGUAUGUGUGUGCAUAUUAAAUAAUGUGUAUAGACACACACAAUCAUUUUGGUUUUAUUGCAAUAAAAUUAUAGCUGUUACAUAUUUUAAUUUUUUUUUUUUUAUAAUAAUCAGAUUAAUAAGUACCACAAAUCUCUGUCUAAGCUCAGAGUGGUCUUUGCAACAUCUUUCUUGUUUCUAAAAACGCCUAUAAGAGUCAACUUUUAUGGAGUUUUAAGCAACAUUAAUAUGUUCUGUACAAAUGUUUACCAUCUAAGUUCCUCAAACUUUUUUUGCAUGUAUGUUUUGAGUCCACAAUGCCUCUUUGCUUAACUGCAUGUAAGAUGAAAUGAAAAGGUCCACUUUAUUUUCCCUGCUAAUUUCUCAGUGUUAUUACCUCACAUUUUCUUAUAAUGCCUAUUUUUUUAAGGGUCUUUCCUUUGGUCUAUGAUGCUGUACCAAAUAUAAUGGUAACCGCUUAUGUAAUUUCUCCGUGUUCUAAAAACCUUUCCAUAAGAAUGCAAGUUAUUACUUGUGUGACAUUAAAGUCAUCUGUUUUCAGCACAUGCUAUCUGAU